AUGAGCCUGCCCAUUCUUCUUCAAGCGUCGACGGUGAUCGGCUUCUUGGUACUUAUAUACAUUGUCUACUAUCGCUACUUCAACCCAUUAGCCAAGUACCCCGGUCCUCCUCUUGCCUCGGUCACCAACCUGUGGAAGACCUACCAUCUUGGAACUUGCAUCUCCCGCACACGCUUGUUCACGGGGUUUUAUGAUGGAUUUACGACUUUCAAUCCCAACUUGUUUGGAACACAAGAUGAAGAGAUUCACGCCAUCAGGCGUCGCCAAAUGGCCCAUGCCUUCUCCAUGCAGUCCAUCAAGGAGAUGGAGUAUUUUGUUGACAGCCAUAUCCUGAAACUUAGGAGAAACCUGGAUCACUUCUGCGAUAGCAACCAAGAUGUUGAUCUGAAGAACAUGAUUGCCUUUUAUGUCUUUGAUGUACUAGGUGAGCUUGCCUUUAGCAGAAGUUUUAACUCGCAGGAUGAGAGAAAUCUAGCCCGAUUACCGCCUAUCAACGACCAUAUCUAUCUUGCAUGCUUGAUGGGAAUGACACCAGACGCUCUCCCGUGGAUCAAGAAGGUUCUACCAUUUAUCCCCCUUCUGAGAAGAAGGGAGGGUUGA